AUGGAGUACCAGCCACUGCUGAAAAGCACUGGACCCCGUAGAAAGCUCCCCACUGGGACUCUCUUUCUAGCCAUGUGCGCAGCUGGCAUCGGAGGGACCUUCCAGUACGGGUACAACGUGUCUGUAAUCAAUGCUCCCACCGAGCACAUCCACAAGUUCCUGAACGAAAGCUGGCAGGAGCGCCAUCGGGCAACCCUCAGUCCCGGCAUGCUGACCCUGCUCUGGUCCACUGUGGCAUCCAUCUUUUCACUUGGAGGCCUGUUUGGGGCACACCUGGGAGGCAGGCUGGCCAUCCGGAUGGGGAGGAAAGGAGGCCUUUUGAUGAACAACUUCAUAGCUGUCCUUGCUGCUCUUCUGAUGGGUUUGAGCUCUCCGACAGGGUUGUUUGAAUUACUAAUUGUUGGGAGAUUUUUGAUUGGCAUAAACACAGGCAUCGGCCUCUGCCUGCAGCCCCUCUAUAUUGGAGAAGCUGCCCCCAAGCACCUGCGGGGGGCGAUGACCAUGGGCAGCUCCAUAUUUCUGACCGGGGGGAUUCUGACAGGACAAGUCAUUGGCUUAAGGGAGUUACUCGGCGGAGAAAAGUACUGGCCUUUUCUGCUCUCAAGCUGCUGUUUCCCAGCCUUUUUCCAACUCUUGACCCUUCCCUGGUUUCCAGAAAGUCCCCGGUAUCUCUUAAUUGACAGAGGGGAUGAGCUGAAAUGUCUCCAAGCUCUGAAGAGCUUUCAUGGCCCUCUACAAUACCAGACGGAGAUGGAGGACAUUCAGAGGGAGUGCGUUGCCCUUGGGGGUGAGAAGCCCAAGAAGCCCUGGGAACUCUUCACUGACCGCAGCAUCAGGUGGCAGCUCAUCACCGUCAUUGUCAUGCCAAUGGGCCAGCAGCUGAGCGGGAUAAACGCGAUUUACUUCUAUGCAAGUUAUGUUUUCACGGAAGCUGGAAUCCCCUCAGCAAAGAUCCCCUAUGUGACUCUGGGGACAGGGGCUUGUGAAUGCCUCACCGCCCUCACCUGCGGCCUGCUGGUUGAGUCCAUGGGGAGGAGGCGUCUUAUCCUGGGGGGCUACUCCCUGAUGACGGUGUGGUGUGUCGUGUUGACCUGCUCUCUGACGUACCAGUCGCACACCUGGGCACCGUAUCUGAGCAUGGCUUCAAUAUUCGCUUUCAUCCUGAGCUUCGGGCUCGGACCAGGUGGAGUGACAGGGAUUUUGACUGCGGAGCUGUUCACUCAGUCUUCACGGCCUGCUGCUUACAUGAUUGCCGGAUCCAUGAGCUGGCUGAGCUUCUUCACCGUUGGAAUGCUCUUCCCCUUUAUAGUGAAAGGUCUCAAACAGUAUUGCUUUCUUGUGUUUUUGGUGGAAUGCUGCUUGGUUGCCAUCUUUAUAUUCUUUGUUAUUCCUGAGACAAAGAAUAAAACCUUUCUGGAAAUUAAGAGAGAAUUUCAUAAGCGCAACUUUGGCAGAAGAACCCAAGAGCAUGAGGGAGAACCAUGCGAGAGAUGGCAACUUAGCUGUGAGUUCUAG